AUGAGGCUCGAGGCCGUCAUGGAGACCCUGCAGCGGCAACAGGCAGCGCGGCUGGCCCUGGACGACAACGAGAGAACCCUCUGCGCAAUGGCGCAGUCCCAGAAACGCCGACCGGGUCCGGCGCGCCGUCAUUACCGGGAGGCUGUCGGGGUCGCCGGCGGCCCCUCUCCCGCGGUGACGCGCGGGCACGCGCGAGCCGGCGACGGUAACGGGAGCGACGACGCGGACGAGCGAGACUGCUCGAACCGCGACGAGGAGCCUUUUCCCCGAGAAACAGACACCCGCGUCCCCGCGCCGCCGCCGCCGCCGCCGCCGCACCACGAGUGGACCUACGAGGAGCAGUUCAAGCAGUUGUAUGAACUGGAUGACGAUGGAAAGCGCAGAGAAUUCCUGGAUGACCUCUUCAGUUUCAUGCAGAAACGUGGUACCCCAGUGAAUCGGAUUCCCAUCAUGGCAAAGCAGGUGUUGGAUCUUUACAUGCUCUACAAGCUCGUCACUGAAAAAGGUGGCUUAGUGGAAGUCAUCAAUAAGAAAAUAUGGCGUGAGAUCACCAAGGGCCUUAACCUUCCUACCUCCAUUACCAGCGCAGCUUUUACUCUCCGAACGCAGUACAUGAAGUACCUUUACCCGUAUGAAUGUGAAAAGCGGGGACUGAGCUCCCCUGGUGAGCUUCAGGCAGCUAUCGACAGCAAUCGGCGGGAAGGCCGUCGGCAGAGCUACGGCUCUCCCAUCUUCAACUACUCUCCUGUGGGCACCCCCAUACUGCUGUCUUCACCGAGGAUACAACUUUCCCACUUACCAAUGACCACUAACUCGCAGUUGCCUGUGUUCGAGAGAGAGGAUUCCAUGGUGGGCAGAAGUCUGUCCGCACAAGUUGUUCUCCCUCUGUCUCCCAGCGGCCAUCACGUUGCAUCUGUGACUGCCCAGGCAGCGACUCAAGCUGCAGCUGCUAUCCAGGCUGCGACUCUGGAGCAGCUCAGAGAUAAGCUGGAAAUCAGCGAACCCCCAGAGAAGAAGAAGAUGCUGGUAGCAGAGGAGCGGCAAAGGCUCAUGCAGCAAGCACUGCAACAUAAUAUGCUUGCCGUGGCCACCCAGCUACCCCGAAGCAUCAAACUCAACAACAGAGAUGAUAGACAAGAGACCGCAUUGAACCUGUCUACCAACGGCAUUAACAGCAUCAACAUGUCAAUAGAAAUAAAUGGAGUUGUCUACACAGGGGUCCUAUUUGCUCGGCAGUCAUGCAUACCAGGAAUGAUGGGACAUCGAGGGGGAGCCAGCCAAUGUACAACUCAGGGAAAGCCCAGUCCUACGCAGUUCCAGGCAUCUUGCUCUUCCUCCUCUUCAUCAUCAUCAUCUUCUUCCUCAGCUCACGGGCACAGGAACUGCGUGUCUUCCCCCUGA